UUUGCAGCCCUUGUCUUGAAGCACCCAAAACCGACCUUUAGACCGGAGACUUCGGCUUACAUUCUCUACUUUUACCUCCCACGACUCGUCCCUCCCUCUCUCUCUCUCUCUCACGCGCGCACAUCUAUUUCUCCUACGAUUUCGAUCGAUCGAGGGAGAAGAUGAUCAUCCGCGUCCGAAGCCGCGACGGCCUGGAGCGCGUCACCGUCCCCGACGGCGGCGCCGCCACCGUUGCCGCCCUCCACUCCCGAAUCGAGUCCCAGCUCGGCGUCCCCGCCGCCGCCCAGACCCUCUCCCUCAAUCCCGAGCUCCUCCUCUCCUCCCCCGCCCCCUUCCUCUCCGACCCCUCCGCCUCCCUCUCCUCCCUUGGUCUCUCCCACGGCUCCGUCGUCUACCUCUCCUACGCCGGCUUCGCCCGCUCCUCCGCCCCCCCGGCUCCCCCUCUCACUCCCGCUGGCUCCUUCGGCCGCAAGAUGACGGUGGACGAUCUCAUCGCCCGCCAGAUCCGUGUCUCACGCCAAGAAGCCCCCCACUGCACCUCCGCCUCCUUCGACCGCGACGCCGCCCACGCCUUCCAGCUCUACGUCGCCGAGACCCUCGCAUUCGCCGUCAAGCGCGGCGGCUUCCUCUACGGCCGCGUCGCCGACGGAGGCGCCGUCGCCGUUGACUUCAUCUACGAGCCCCCCCAGCAGGGGACGGAGGAGACCCUCGCCCUCCUCCGGGAUCCAGAUGAGGAGGUCCAUGUGGAGGCAAUCGCCGCUGGCCUUGGUAUGCGACGCGUUGGCUUCGUUUUCACGCAGGCCGUCGGCCGGAAGCGCGGCACUGGGGAGUACACGAUGUCCGGCCGGGAGGUGCUGCAGGCCGCCGAGAUCCAGGCCGAGGGGGCGAUCCCCGAGUGGGUCACCGCCGUGGUCAAGCUGGAGGUGGCAGAGGAUGGGGCCGCCGACGUGCACUUCGAGGCGUUCCAGUUGAGCGACACGUGCGUCCGGCUGUUCAAAGAGGGGUGGUUUAUGACGGAGUUCGGCGAGGAUGAUGAUCCGAGGUUGUCGAGGAUGAAGAAGGAUGUGGUUGUUGGUGUGAAGGAUGUGAGGGAGGUGGACAAUGACUUCUUCUUGGUGCCUGUCAAGAUCUCCGAUCACCAGGGAUUACUGUCAUCAAGUUUUCCUAUACAGAACCGAAUUACUACUGUCGCGCUGAGGUCUCUGAAGAACCAUAUGGAUAGGACAAAGCACCUCCCAUUUGUGAAACGAAUCUCCGAUUUUCACCUGCUGCUUCUCCUUUCCAGGUUUUUAGAUGUUAACGCUGAUGUUCCAGCACUGGCUGAGUGUGUACAGAGGCAAGCAACAGUCCCUGAAGGCUACCAGCUUCUUAUCGAAUCCCUGGCUGCUUCCACUUGAGAUGUUAAGUUAAUCCUGUUUUCAGAAUGUCAAUACUAGUUCUUCCUUUUUGGAAUUAUAAUCAUAUAAUUAUCCUUUUGCAAUUAUUAGAUCAAUAUCCUCAA